AUGGUGCCAGACUUCGAUGCCAACAGAAAUGGGGAUGGAGGGUGGGACAUAAGCCCUAAAUGGGGCGUGGAAACCUGUCAAAAAUAUACAGUGAUGAAUGCUAUCGAGGUGUAUACUACUGAAGAGAGGGUUGAACUGAGGGGAAGCCGGGAAGUGCAGUUUCUACGGAGGCAGCGGACGGCUACACAUUGCUGUGGCAAGUCGUUGGUCUCGGGGCGCAUCUUGAAUGGUCAAGAUGCCAAGGCCGGGGCCUGGCCCUGGCAGGUCAGUGUGCAGAGAAACCGCUCCCACAUCUGCGGCGGUUCGCUCAUCUCCGAGAGCUGGGUGGUGUCAGCAGCUCAUUGCUUCAAGCUGCCUGUAGUCAAUUCAUCAUAUUGGGUGCAGCUGGGUGAAAACAGGAUUGUCGGUGAGACUCCAACCCAGACGUUCUCAUCGGUGAAGCGGAUCAUCCUCCAUCCCAAUUACAACAGUAGCACUUUCCUUGCCGACAUCGCUCUGGUGGAGCUGGAGAAGCCAAUUGCCUUCAUGGCCUCCAUCAGCCCCGUGUGUCUGCUCGACACCUCCGUCCGUGUGCCUGCUGGGGACGCCUGCUGGGUGACUGGCUGGGGGAACGUUCACCCCGAAGUGAAUUUUUCCCUAGCGGCGACCCUGCAGGAAGUGGAGGUGCCCACCGUAGACACCAUGAUCUGCAACGAUCGCUUCCGUGUAGGAUUACAAAAGCCUGCGGGUGACAAUCCCAUCAAAGAAGACAUGAUGUGUGCCGGGUCCAUGGAGGGCUAUAAAGGCUUUGCUUCGGGUGACUCCGGGGGACCCCUGGUGUGUGAGGAGGAUGGGACCUGGUACCUUGCUGGGCUUGUGAGCUGGUCACUGGUGAGAGAAGUGAGUGGGGUACUCACUGUUUUUCCCGGUUACCCUGGGGUCUACAACCGCCCGAAUGCCCACAACGACAGGAUCCAGGAGAAUGUGCCCGGUGUGAGUUUCACAGUGGUGAACUUCACUCUGAACAGUGCCAGUCCCUCUACCACCAUCACUCCGAGCAGUGUCCAUCCAUCUGCCAUAAUCACUUGGAAAGGUGCUGGUGGCCCCUCUGCCACAAUCCCCAGGGUCCUUCUCCUCAUUAUGCUGUUGCAGCUGACUCUCUAA